AAAUAUCGAGAUCAGCAGAAGGUUUUUUCCCCCAAAAAAAUACACCAUUUAUCACAAGGAUCACAAGUAUAUACAAUAUACAUACUUACUACUAUACAUGUAAUACAAAUUUCUAUCGUGUCAUUGGAUUAUUUAAAUUUUUAGUGUAAAUUAACCAUUAAUAAUCAAAGUGUGUUCAUAUUUUGCAAACGAAAAAAAAACAAAGAUCUACGAAAAAAAGAAAGUAAAAUCUGUCUAUACGGAGUCUCGUUAUUUUUAUUCAAAUCGAUCGCGAGUGAAGGCCCAUUGGUACAUAUUAUACAUAUAUAUAUAUACACAUAUAGGUAUAAAAUAAAGCAAGCCACGAGGAAGAGAAGGCCAGGUGUUACAAUUUUUCCCCAUCUCUCCAAAGAAAAAAAAAAUCACCUCCCUUUUUUUUCCCCCCUACGAAAAUAUAUAUACACGAAAAACUUAAAACGUCACAAAUUCACAAAUGUCAAGUGUUUACGAUUUUCACACGAAUUCCCGCAAGAAUUCAUUUUUUACACCAACGAAAGAGACAUUUAGUAUAUUGAAAAUUGUGUUAUCUCUCAUGUCUCAUUUUUUGAGAUUUUAAUAUACCAAGAGAAAAAAAGGAAUAUUUUUGUUUUUGUUCAAGAUUAGACUACUGGGAGAGAGUGAGAGGGGAAAAGAGAGACAUUGUCGUGUUUUCAUUUUUUUUUCGGGGUUUUUAAAUAAUUUUUUUUUUUUUGGGUUAAUAAUUAAAUUAGAGUGAAUAGAUAAAAAAAAAGUCGCGCGUGUUCAGUGUAUAUAUGUGUGUGUGCGCGCGUUUCGUAAGUUAAUAAAUGUGAGAGAAGAAUCCAAAGAAUGGCAGCAACAAUUUUUGCUUUCGAUGACAUCAAAGAUAAGAAGGACGACGACGUCGUUGAGGUGGAGGUCGAGUACGAAGUUAAUUCGGACGAUAAUGAAUUAAUUGAAUUAAUCGAGCCGGAUGUCGAUGACACGGAAGUGGAGACGGUCGUUAUUUCGGAGAAAAAUGUCAAUCAAGGAAGGGAGAGAGCUGGCCCUCAAGAUUUUGAUAUUUGCAAAGUGAUUGGUAAAGGUGGAUACGGAAAAGUCUUCCAAGUUCGUAAAAAAACCGGCAAAGACAGUGGAAAACUGUUUGCCAUGAAGGUUUUGCGCAAGGCAUCAAUUAUCAGAAAUCAGAAAGACACAGCACACACUAAAGCCGAACGAAAUAUCUUAGAAGCUGUCAAGCAUCCGUUCAUCGUCGAUCUGAUGUACGCCUUUCAAACCGGAGGCAAACUCUACUUAAUUCUCGAGUACAUGUGUGGUGGUGAAUUAUUCCGCCAUUUAAAUAAAGAGGGUAUCUUCCUCGAGGACACUGCCAUUUUUUAUCUCUGCGAAAUUAUUCUCGCCCUACAACAUUUACAUCGACAGGGAAUUAUUUAUCGUGACUUGAAACCCGAAAACAUCCUAUUGGACGCUGAGGGUCAUAUCAAAUUGACUGAUUUUGGCCUUUGUAAGGAGCACAUUGAAGACGACACAGUGACGCACACAUUUUGCGGUACAAUUGAAUAUAUGGCACCGGAAAUUUUAAUGCGCAGCGGUCAUGGUAAGGCCGUUGAUUGGUGGAGUCUUGGUACAUUAUUGUACGAUAUGUUGACGGGUGCGCCACCAUUUACCGGUGAGAAUCGUAAGAAAACAAUAGAUAAAAUUUUAAAGGGUAAACUAAUGCUGCCAAUGUAUCUCACUGCCGAUGCAAGAGAUUUAAUUCGUAAAUUGCUCAAGAGACAAGUGAAACAGAGACUUGGCUCGGGACAGGCGGACGCCGAACACGUCAAAAAUCAUAAAUUUUUCGAGAAAAUCAAUUGGAAUGAUGUUAUAUGUCGACGAAUGAAUCCACCGUUCACGCCAACUUUAAUAAGCGAAGAUGAUGUUUCGCAAUUUGAUCAACGUUUCACUGCUUCGGAUCCAAUUGACUCGCCUGUUGAGCACACACUCAGCGAGAGCGCUAAUUUGAUAUUUGAGGGCUUUACUUACGUUGCUCCAAGCCUGCUGGACGAAUAUCCACAACCUCGGGUCGUACACGCGAGAAGUCCACGCAGAGUUUACAUGAGAGGCUUCUCUCCAAGAGGGACGCAUCUUAACCACAAUUCUCGAAUGCCAAAUCACAGGCACAACAUAGAAGAUCAAGAAAUGAUCGAAAUAGAUUAAUUUGUUUAGAAAAAUUUUUUUGCUUCGACACUGGAGUCUUUUGAGACGGAAAUUCCUCAACAAAAUCUCAGGGAGAUUUCCAUGCUUUCCACACAA